GAACAAAGAGGCCCAUACUUGGGCCUAUUUCCCGAGCCUUUGGAACAACCGUGGGCUCAAAUUGGUUACCCAGCGGCUGGUACGACUGAGGGGCGCCAGAAAGAGAGAGAAGGUAGAGCGCGAGAAGAGGGCACGAUAGCUCUGCAUCCUCUAGGGUUUCGAAAAUCCAAAAAACAAUCAAAGUUCGGAGUCGAGUGUGAGAGUCCUAUAGAGGAGAGAGAAGUGAGACCGAGAGCGACGAGCGACGAGGAGAGAGAGCGAGGGAUAACGUGGGAGUGUGUGAGCGGGCGGGGUCCCAAACCUAGAGAUUCUCACGGCCUGCAUCUUUACUUUCUCCGAGUAUGUCGGAGAAAAAGCUCGUGGUAUUGGGCGUCCCGUGGGAUGUUGAUACGGAUGGCUUGAGGGAUUAUAUGAGCAAAUUUGGGAAAUUGGAGGAUUGUAUUGUGAUGAAGGAGCGGUCCAGUGGUCGUUCUCGUGGUUUCGGAUACGUGACAUUUGCUACAGUUGAGGAUGCUAAGAAUGCAUUGUCCAGUGAGCACUUUCUUGGCAACAGAAUACUAGAAGUAAAAGUAGCCACUCCAAAGGAGGAAAUGAGAGCACCAUCAAAGAAGGUCACCAGGAUAUUUGUGGCCAGGAUCCCACCAUCGGUGACUGAUGAAGCUUUCCGAAGUCAUUUUGAGCAAUAUGGUGACGUAACAGAUAUAUAUAUGCCAAAGGAUCCAAGUACCAAAGGGCAUCGUGGAAUUGGGUUCAUCACUUACGCAAAUGCUGAAUCUGUGGAUAAUCUGAUGGCUGAAACUCAUGAAUUGGGAGGUUCCACUGUAGUUGUGGACAGAGCAACACCGAAGUCGCAGGAGGAUGACUUCAGACCAAUAAGCCGAAUGCCGCAGGGAGGAUAUGGUGCAUAUAAUGCUUAUAUUACUGCAGCAACUAGAUAUGCUGCUCUAGGUGCUCCUACCUUAUAUGAUCACCCGGGCGCGAUGUAUGGAAGACGUGAAUCUGCACGAGGAAUGAGCAAAAAGAUAUUUGUUGGCAGGCUUCCUCAGGAGGCUACAACUGAUGAUCUUCGCCAGCAUUUUGGUAGAUUUGGCCGGAUUUUUGAUGUCUAUAUUCCGAAGGAUCCUAAGAGAACUGGCCAUAGGGGUUUUGGCUUUGUGACCUUCGCAGAAGAUGGUGUUGCAGAGCGCGUCUCUCGAAGGUCUCACGAGAUUUGCGGACAGCAGGUUGCCAUAGAUACAGCUACGCCGCCAGUUGAUGAUGCUGGUCCCAGUAGUGGAAACUUCACGAUGGAUGAUGCUGAACCUUAUGGGGGGUACAGUGGUGGUCCUAUGCGCGGUUAUGGACGGAUUUAUGGAAGCCUGGAUUAUGACAAUUGGAGUUAUGGCAUGGGUGGAGGGAGACCUUCGCGAGCAGAUUUGAGGUAUCGCCCCUACUAGAGAUGCGAGUACUGGCGUCAAAAUUUUUAGCCCCUCGUACGUCUACCAGGAUAUCUUUUGACAGUAGCCUAUCGACUUUGAUAAAACCUUAAGGGAAACCAUUGGAUGUUUAAAACUGUUGUAUGCAACCCUUUUACUUGGUUAGUCGGAAAUUGUGCAAGUAAUUAGGGACAA